AUGGACCCCUUGAAGUUGAAGCGUAUUGCUGUGAUCGAGUUGUUCCAGAUUGGGCAAAGCCCAGGGAGCGUCUUUCGGCAACUCAAGUCCAGUGGCUACAAGCGAGAUUUUGUUUAUCGUACUCUCAGGCGUUACCACGAGACUGGAGAUAUGAAUGACGAGAAUCAUACUGGCCGAACACGUUCUAUUCGCACGCCGAAGCUUGUCAAAAUGUAUAUCCAUGAGAUGGAAAAUAGGAGAUCAACAGAUCCAGAGUCUGCAGACUCUCCUGGAAGGUGCAGUGAUUCUUCAGGUGAUACUCCAUUGUCAGUGUGCACUCUGUGUGAGUCUCAAGACUGCAACUCAUCAGACUGCAACAAUUGUGAGGCUAUGCCAACUAAUCCAUUCCUCAACACCUCUGUGCAAAGCAGUCGCAGUGCAAAAGCUGGUGCCCGUGUUGCAAUAGUGUCUCGCAUCAAGUCAGAGUUUUCUCAGUUCAAAUUGUGGAUCUUUCUCAUUGGAGCCAUUUCCUUGGCCAUCAUGAUAUUUGUGCCCCUCAUCAUUGUCUUCCUCAUGAAGACUGAUCAGGUGAUGAAGCCAAAAGCACUGGUACAUCCUUCUAAGCCAGUGCCGGAACAAUGUCAAAGCAUACCUGAUGAGAGGAAAUUUGACUGUUAUCCACAAAAUGGUGGCAAUCAAGAAUUGUGUGAAGGGAGAGGGUGCUGCUGGCUUCCUAGAUUCAGUCAUCAUGGAUCUAAUGGUGCCCCCCUCAAUGUACCAUUUUGCUACUACCCUGCCUUGUAUGAUGGAUAUAAAUAUGUGAAUCUUUCGGAAACAUCAUUUGGAUUGACUGCUUUCCUGAUGAGGAAAACUCAGUCAGGCUACCCUGAAGACAUUGAUCUUCUGCAGAUGGACAUGAAGUAUGAGACAGAUUCUCGUCUUCACAUAAAGAUAUUUGACCCCAUGAAGAAGCGCUAUGAAGUCCCAAUCCCACCUGUACCUGAUGUGAAGACUGCAGCUCGAAAUCCCCUAUACCUUCUAAGGAUCAGCAAUCAGAGCACUGGCUUCCAGGUACUUCGCAAAUCCAACGGAGAAAUUUUGUUUGACAGCAUGGAUGUUGGGUCAUUGGUCUUUGCAAAUCAGUUUCUUCAAUUAUCAGCCAUCCUCCCUUCAAGUGACAUUUAUGGCCUUGAUGUGAUCCUUCAGCCAGCGCCUGGUAUCACAUUUCGAACUGUUGGAGGGAUUUUGGAUUUUUAUUUUUUCCUUGGCUCAAGUCCAACAGAGGUGAUUCAGCAGUACACAGAACUAAUUGGACGCCCAUUCAUGCCCCCCUAUUGGUCUCUGGGCUUCCAUCUCUGUCGAUAUGGAUGGAAGACCAUAUCAGAUACCAAGAAGGCAUGGAUGCAGAACCGUGAUGCUGGUAUCCCCCUGGAUGUGAUGUGGAAUGACCUAGACUACAUGGAUGACUCCAAAGACUUCACAUAUAACAAGGGCACAUUUGAGGGCCUUCCAGAAUUUGUGGAAGAACUUCACAGCAAAGGGUAUCACUAUGUACCACUGAUUGAUCCUGGGAUUUCUGGAGCGGAGAAGCCUCACACAUAUCUCCCAUUUGAUGAAGGACUUGAAUUGGAUAUUUUCAUAAGAAAUAGCACUGGUGACCUCUUCUAUGGCAAGGUCUGGAAUCCUGUCAAUACUGUGUGGGUAGACUUCACACAUCCAAAAGCUGUAUCAUAUUGGACUCGACAGUUGGACCGCUAUCACAGCCAAGUUUCUUUUGAUGGUGCCUGGAUUGACAUGAAUGAGCCAUCAAAUUUCUAUUCUGGUACCAUAAAUGGAUGUCCACCAUCUUCUCUGGAGCAUCCGCCAUAUCUUCCUGGAGUCCAUGGUGGUAUUCUUUACUACCGGACCUUAUGCAUGACUGCCAAACAUUACAGUGCUGUCCACUAUGAUGUUCACAAUAUCUAUGGCUUUGCAGAAACUGUUGCCACAAACUUUGCCCUGAAGGAGAUUCGAAAGGAGCGUCCCUUUGUGAUCUCCCGCUCAACAUAUCCAGGUCAAGGGCAUUAUGGAGGCCAUUGGAAUGGGGACAUCCUCUCUUCUUGGCAUGAUAUGGCCAAAUCUAUAUCUGCCAUCUUGAACUUCAACAUGUUUGGUAUUCCAAUGGUGGGGGCAGAUAUAUGUGGCUUCAAUGGAAACACAACUAUCCCACUCUGUCAAAGAUGGAUGGAACUUGGGGCUUUCUAUCCGUUUGCUCGAAAUCACAAUUCAAAAGAAAACAUGGAUCAGGACCCAGCUUCCUUAGGGCCAGAGGUGGAGAGAUCUGCUCGGGAGUCCCUCUCCCUUCGUUAUCGUCUCCUCCCAUACCUCUACACUCUCUUUUGGAAAGCACAUGCGCAAGGAGAAACAGUUGCCCGACCUCUUUUCUUUGAAUUUCCAGAGGACAAAGAAACAUAUACUCUGGAAGAUUCAUUUCUUUGGGGAAGGGCACUUCUUAUCCUUCCUGUGCUGCAAGAAAAUGUGAAAGAGGUGUAUCGCUACAUCCCAAGAGGGUGGUGGUACAUGUACCCUGAAGGGAGUCGUAUUAAGAGCUUAGGAAGCAUUUACACCCUUAAGGCACCCCCUGGCUCUCCUCCGCUUCUCCUCCGAGGAGGUUAUGUCAUUCCAUCACAAGAGCCUGGGAAUACCACCAGAGAGAGUCGGAAAGGAGACUUUGAGCUGUUUGCAGCCCUGAAUGAGAAUGGAACUGCUCAUGGUGAGAUCUACUGGGAUGAUGGUGUCUCCAUCGGAGCUUGGGAGAGAGGAAAGUAUAAUCUGAUCAAGGUGGAUGUGUCACAUCAAACGCUAUUGACCUCUAUCUACCACUGGGGAUAUGAGACAACAGAGAUGACUCUUGGGCGCAUCUUUGUCUUUGGCAUUGAAAGAACUCCUCAGCUUGUCUCCAUCGAUGGCAAGAAUGUAGCUUUCUCCUACAACGAACGACUUCAGGUCGUGAAGGUGACUGGAAUGAAAAGAUCUCUGAGGGAACCUUUGAUCCUGGAAUGGGCCUAAUCUCAUCUCGGUGUUCUUAUGCUCAAGGUCUCUCGCUCAGUGCCUCCUCUAGUCAUCCAGCCUUUUGUAUCUUUAUCAUCCCCUCCCAGAUUCUGUUG